AUGUUUUCAAGGGUUUAUAUAUUUUUAUGUUUAUUAUUAUUUUUUAUUUUAGGUAAUGUUGAAAAUUUUGUUCAUUGCCAAAUAAAGUAUGUUAGUGGACCACAAGAAGUAUCAUUAACUGCAAUUGAACCAUUGAAUCAAUUUUCAUGGUAUCCAACAUCAUCAAAAGAUAGUAGUUGCGAUGUCAAAUUAAAGGUAUUACUUGAAAAUUCAAAUGGUGAAAUUCCUCCAGGUUCUUUAAUAACUACUUCUUCAAUUAAAAUUACCAGUUUAAAUGGAAAUCAAUUCAUAUUAUCAACAUCAAUAUCAUUUGAUGCUUUUCAAUUCUCAAUAGAUGUUAAUUCAGCAAAUGGACUUACAUCUUUCAACAUAGAUUUAUCAUGUAAUAAAAUUGAUUUUAAUAAAACAAAACCUGAAAUUAUUGGUAAUGGACCAGGAUAUAAUGAUUUUGAAAAUUUUCAUUCAUUUUUAAAAAUUGAAGGAUUUGAUGGAGUAAAACCUAAAACUUUUUUAACUGAUGAAACUGUUGGAAUCAUUGAAUCAAUAGAGAAUUCUGAUCUUUAUUUAAUCAAAUGGAGUCCAUACUAUAUACCAGAUCAUUUAAAAGGGGAAUGGUCAAUUGAAAUUUUUGAUUCUUUUGGUGGAAAUUAUUUUAAAACAAAAUCUUUUUAUAAUGAUGGUAAAUUAUUAUUAUUAUUAUUAUUAUUAUUAUUAUUAUUAUUAUUAUUAUUAUUAUUAUUAUUAUUAUUAUUAUUUUAUUAUUUUUUUUUUUAUUUUUUUUUCAAAUUUCCAGCUCCACCUAAUCAUUUUCAAAAUGUGGUUUAUUUACCAAAGGAAAUUAGUUCAAUAAUAAAUGAAUUUGGAUUUGGAUUUGGACCUUUAUUAAUUGGAGAGGUACUUUCAAAUUCAAAUAGACCAUUUUUUGUUAUUAGUAAUGGGAAUCUAUCAUAUUAUGGAACACCAAUACGUGGUAAAAAACAAGAUAUGGUUUUUAUCAGUAGUUUUAUUGAAAAUGAGCCAUUUAAUGGUAUAAAUUCUACUGAAUUUACAGUAAACUCACCAGCUGGUCCAUAUAGUUCCCAAAUUAAUUAUGAUUCAUUAAUUAUUAAUAGUAUGUAA